AUGGCUGUUCCCCACGACGACGAGCUGGCUGCCACCCAGACCGAGGGCUACAAGAUUGGCCAGUCCAAGACGGUUGCCGAGCUUGCUGCUCUCGACCAGGAGGACGAGUCGCUGCAGCGCUGGAAGGCAUCGCUCGGACUGACCGGCAGAACCGGAGGCGGUCAGAAGCGCAUCGUCCCCAAGACCAUCUUCCUCACGUCGCCCACUCGCUCGCAGGACAUUAUCAUCGACCUCACCCAGUCCCCCGAUGCGCUUGCCAAGCUCAAGAAGGAGCCUGUGACAAUCAAGGAGGGCGUCGAGUACUCUGUCGGGAUCACUUUUGUUGUUGAGAACGAGAUUGUCUCAGGUCUUCGCUUCCUCCAGGUCGUCAAGCGUGCAGGCGUGACUGUUGACAAGACCGAGGCCAUGCUCGGCAGCGUGUGUGCUUCUUCUGGCUUCGCUUCCGAGGAGUCGCCGACUGGCAUGCUCGCGCGCUCGGGCUCGUAUGCUGUCAGGACGCGCAUCAUUGACGACGACGGCAACAAGUGGCUCGACGACUUUGAGUGGAGCUUCAAGCUCGGCAAGGAGUGGUAG